GUAUGAGCGAGAGAGCGAGGCUUUUGUCAGCUCGCCGCAUGCAUGCAGACGGCGGAUUUUCUCUCUUUUUUCCCCUCCCCUCAGUUUCUGUCCGUAAACUUUCAUUUCUCCACCGCGCGCUGGAAUCGGCGCGGGAAGACGGAGCUGAAGGAGGCGGCGAAUCGCGCUUGGAAAUAAGGGAAUAAGGGGAAGUGGACGGCGCUCCGAGACGGCUGCAUAUCCUCAGCCAUUUUGCCUACACGCCUAGGGGGCUGUGUGUGUGUGUGUUUUUUUUUUUCUGUCCGUUUUUUUUCUCUCCUUCUCCCUCGCACCGCUUCUCCUCUGUUUCCAGAGCCAUACGGUUUGCAAAUCGGUUGCAACUCCGUGAAGCAAGAUGGGAUCACGGCUGAAGAUCUGAUGGGACUAAAGAAAUAAAAUAGCGCCUACAAUAACAUCAACAACAAAAAUAGUAAUAGAGAUCCCUCCAAAAAACAGCGGACUGGCGGACUGUAGACUCCAGCAGCCCUCUCUCUAUUGUCACUAGAGGUGGGGAAAAAAAGAGCGGAGCAGGAUUUGGCAGAGCAUGGAGUGCUACCUGUUGGGGAUUUACCUGUUCCUGGCCCUGGGUGCCCUGCAGCGGUCCAGCGGCACCACGGCCAAGGAGCUCACGUGCCAGGAGAUCGCCGUGCCCCUGUGUAAAGGUGUCGGCUACAACCACACGUACAUGCCCAACCAGUUCAACCACGACACGCAGGACGAGGCAGGCCUGGAGGUGCACCAGUUCUGGCCGCUGGUGGAGAUCCAGUGCUCACCGGACCUGCGCUUCUUCCUCUGCAGCAUGUACACCCCCAUCUGCCUGGAGGACUACAAGAAGCCUCUGCCACCGUGCCGCAGCGUGUGCGAGCGGGCUCGGGCUGGCUGCGCUCCGCUCAUGAGGCAGUACGGCUUCCCGUGGCCCGACCGCAUGCGCUGCGACACAUUGCCUGUUCAGGGUGACCCGGACACCCUGUGCAUGGACUACAACAGGACCGACUCCACUACAGCGUCACCUGUGCUGUCCAAGCCCACCGGACGGCCGGGCAAGCCACAUGUUCCACCUCACAGGACCAAGCACGGGCACGGGAGGCCGGGCGUCCAGACCAAGCGCAAGCCAGGGUCCCCCUGCGAGCCGGGCUGCCAGUGUCGUGCGCCCAUGGUGCGAGUGAGCAGCGAGAGACACCCGCUGUACAACCGCGUGAAGACGGGCCAGAUGCCCAACUGCGCCAUGCCCUGCCACAACCCGUACUUCACCCAGGACGAGAGGACUUUCACAGCCUUCUGGAUUGGCCUGUGGUCUGUGCUGUGCUUUGUGUCCACUUUUGCAACUGUUGCCACUUUUUUGAUCGACAUGGAGAGGUUUAAGUAUCCCGAGAGACCCAUCAUCUUCCUCUCGGCCUGUUACAUGUUUGUUUCCAUCGGCUACAUUGUGAGACUGAUUGCGGGCCAUGAGAAGGUUGCGUGCAGCCGGGAGUAUGACGUGGAACAUGUGCACUAUGAGACGACGGGUCCUGCGCUCUGCACUGUCGUCUUCCUCCUCAUCUACUUCUUCGGCAUGGCCAGCUCGAUCUGGUGGGUGAUCCUGUCCCUCACAUGGUUCCUCGCAGCUGGCAUGAAGUGGGGCAAUGAGGCUAUAGCCAGUUACUCGCAGUACUUCCACUUAGCUGCCUGGCUCAUCCCGAGCAUGAAGUCCAUCGCCGUUUUGGCCCUCAGUUCUGUGGAUGGGGACCCGGUGGCUGGGAUCUGCUAUGUAGGCAACCAGAACCUGGACAACCUGCGGGGCUUCGUGCUGGCACCUUUGGUCAUCUACUUGUUCAUCGGCACCAUGUUCCUGCUGGCAGGUUUUGUGUCCCUGUUCAGGAUCCGCAGCGUCAUCAAGCAAGGUGGCACCAAAACAGACAAGCUGGAGAAGCUGAUGAUCCGCAUCGGCAUUUUCACGGUGCUCUACACCGUCCCGGCCACCAUCAUCGUGGCGUGCUACUUCUAUGAACAACACAACAGGCAGAGCUGGGAAACGAGCCACAACUGCUCGUGCCUGAUGGAGCAUGAGCUCCGGAGGCCUGACUAUGCUGUCUUCAUGCUCAAGUACUUCAUGUGCCUCUCAGUGGGCAUCACGUCCGGUGUUUGGAUUUGGUCAGGCAAGACGUUGGACUCUUGGCGGGCACUGUGCACGCGCUGCUGCUGGGGAAGCAAAGGCACGAGCGGUUCCACUUACAGUGAUGUGAGCACGGGGCUCACGUGGCGCUCAGGCACGGCCAGCUCUGUGUCCUGCCCCAAACAGAUGCCCUUAUCACAGGUCUAAAAGAAAAGACAAUGGACUGCUGACUGUUUGGAGGAGGUCAUGCAUCAGCCUUUGCCUCUAUUAGCAUACAAAUGGACUGCUAAUGGUUUUCAUUAGGCAAGCAGCAAGAAAAGCUGGUAGAAACAAGGUACCUGUCAUUAUUAUUAUUAUCAUUAUUGUUCUAUCCAUUCUAUUGAUAUGGACAUGCAAUCAGUGACACCUAGAGAGAAUCAGGGCAUCACACUGUCUUAUGUGAAGCUCGGACAUUUGCCCUCCCCCCGAGUCCGUACUUUAGCCAGCCUUUAAGGGAAAAGUUUCUGCUGCUUCACUUUUUACACAGACAGUUUGAAAUGUCUAAACAAUCAAAAUAUCAAAGAUGGUCUCGAAUAAGCCUUAAAAGUCUUAGUGCCCAAAUAUUUUACGGGUUGUUUUGUCAUUUUUUUGUAAUUGUAAAAUGUAUUUAUACUAUUGUUGUGUACAAACUUGUAAAUUCUGUAUAAAAAAGAUUUAUAAAAUUAUUGUAAAUUUGUACAUAGUGUAGAUGUCACUUGAAGACAAAUAUGACUUUUAUUUUGACAAUAAAACAUUUGGAGAAAUCUUA